GCAUUGUAACGAUAGCUUACUCCACUGACUACAUGACCAUCGGAGAGAGGGCCUAUAGCGGCAUUUUAUAUGUUAGUUCUGGUGAAUGUCACAAAAGGUAUGAUAAGUGUCAUUGGCCAUUAUAGCCGUCGUAUCUGGAAAGCGGCAGCGAAAUGGAGACAUUGCGUCCGAGAUAAGCUAGGUUGGAGCUUUGAUAGCGACUCGCGGCGUCAACAGCCAGUUGUAGAUAAUAGUACGGAGUAGUCCGAGUCUUUCCCCAUUUCUGUAUGAGGAAAAGCUGGAGUUUACUGGAAGCAAAAGUGGGGUUGCUGAUCAUCUGUUCUGUAUGAACCCUGUCUCGCUAAACUCUCAGUCACUCCCAGCUCUUCUCAUUUGAUCCCUACGAUAGAUCAGCACCAGCACCAGCACCAUGACCGGAAGUAAGAAUGUGGUGUUCGACAUUGUCGGCACGCUGGUCUCCUACGAUGUCCUCUUCGAAGCGAUCGACACGCAACUGGGCGACCGUCUCCGUGCGGAGGGAAUCAAGCCUUCCUUAUUAGGAUACACAUGGAUCGAGGUUGCGGAGCGCGAGUACACAUAUCUGAGCUUGUCAGGCCAGUAUAAGACAUUCGCUACUUGUCUGGAAUUGCUCUUCUGGCGAAUGCUCAAGAUGGCAGGCAUCCAAGACCCGCGAAGCUUUGCCACAAAGAGCGAUCUCGAGUUUAUCAUGAGUAGGUAUGCCAAACUUGGACUCCGCCCAGGAGCGGCCGAGUGCGUCACUAAGUUGCGUGAUGCUGGGUUCACUGUCUGGGCACUCACAGCGGGGGACGCCGCGAGAGUGGGGGGAUAUUUCGCCAACGCUGGACUCGAAUGGCCCGCAGAGAAUCUGAAAUCCUGUGACUCGCAGGGAAUAGGCAAGCCAGACUUGCGGGUGUACCAACCGCUCCUCGAGCAGCUCUCCCAGCACGGACAACCCUGGUUUGCUGCUGGACAUAUGUGGGACGUUUCGGCGGCUCGCCGUGCGGGGUGAGUACAGAUGCA